CACAAAUUUAAAUUCAAGUAGAAAUGUACAUCUCAGUUUAUUUACCAGUUUCAAUAAUGUUUAUAAUAGUUGCCCAUCAAACAUAAACCCAAACAGUUCACAUGCAUUAGAUAAUAGAAUAUGUUUGAAAAUGAUUUCUCCUAAAGAGUACAUUAUCUAUGGUGUAUAUAUUGAUGAACAAAAACAAAAAAUAUUAAACAAUGGUCAAUGUUCCGAUAAUCAAUCAAUAAAUUCCAGUGGAGAUGGAGCGGAUGAAAAAAAAGAAAGCUGGGACCCAGAAAUUCCAAAUACUGUUACAACAAUUCUAAUGGACAAAGACUUCAAUAUGAUAUUAAAACCUGGUUUCAUACCAAAUAGUGUUAAAUAUAUAAAAUUUGGUGAUGCUUACGAUAGAUGUUUGGAACCGGGUUCCAUUCCAGAAGGUGUUGAAAAGAUUGUAUUUGGUUCAAAUUUUAAUCAAUUUUUAAAACCAGGUAUACUUCCAUCAACAUUAAAAAUACUUGAUAUGGGUCAAACUUUAGUUAAUGGUUAUUCUGCACCGAUUAUUGCCGGUGGGAUCCCAUCUACAGUCGAAGAGCUCUAUUUUUCAAAUUCAUUUAACCAACCAUUAAAACCAGGAGUAAUCCCAAAUAAAGUUAUUACAUUAAAGUUUGGAAGAAACUUUAACCAACCUCUACCAGAAAACUCAAUUCCUUCAUCAGUGAAAACUCUUUAUUUAGGUAGCAGCUACGACUAUCCUUUAGAAUUUGGUACAAUUCCAAGAUCUGUACGUGAACUAGUACUAUCGGAUUCUUUUAAUCAAGAGCUAUCACCGGGUGAUAUACCUUUAACAGUCGAGUUUUUGUCAUUUGGGGAUCACUUUAACCAACCUCUUUUACCGGGAUGUAUUCCAGAAUCAGUUGUUUUUCUUAGAUUUGGAAAGAAUUUCAAUCGACCACUUACACAUGGAUCAAUACCUUUAACAUGCGAUACUUUAAUCCUCAGCGAACAGUAUAACCACCCAAUUAAAAUAGAAUUUAUACCUUUUGUAAAAAACUUGGAACCUAUAAGUAUUAGAAAGCUUAUUGUUGGAGCAACAUACAACAAUAAUAGUUUAAGUAAUAGUAAUAAUAGUAUUUUAAAUAGUUCGAAUGGAAGUAUACCAAACAAUAAUAGCAACACCAAUAGCUCACCUUCCACCAAAGAUAGAUUAUCAUUUCCAAUAUUAGAUUACUAUAGAAUAAAAUUAAAAAAAUUAUAAACCGAAAAAUUUUAAAAAAGAAAAAUAAUAAAAAUAUUAUAAAAUUUUUAAUUUUAGAGUCAUUUAUAAUAU